GUACCCCCCUCAUCUCGACUACUUCAUCCCCGCACCUUGAACAUUUAUAAUUCUCAUUCAAAAUGCGUUCCACCAUCAUUGCUUUCGUGGCGAUGCUUGCAGCCGCAUGCGGCCCUUCAUUGGUGGCAGCUGCCCCUUAUCGUGGCGACCUCUUCACCACUUAUCCCGUAGAGGAUUCGUCUGUCAUUCGAGAGGCUACGCCUCAGUCGGGAGCGGGUGGUCUCGUCUUGUCAUAUAUCAAGAAGCGUUCGCCUGCAAGAGGUGGCAAUGGCUCAUCUGGCAGAGUUGGCAACGCCAAUGGUUCCAACGUUGUCAACAGCGGAGGAACGAUCACGAAUGGCGAAAAUGCUAAUGCUGGAGGUACUGGUGGCACCGCAAGGUCAGGAAAUGCAUCUGGCGGCGCAGGAUCUAACGGAGACGGCGGUGGUGAUGCAUCCUCGGGAUCCGCUGGCAAUGCGAACGGAGGCAGCGUAACGAAUUCCGGUACCAGUAUUUCGAACACUGGCACGGCCGCAAAUCCAGCCAACAGAGGAGGCAACGGUGGUACUUCGCAGAGUGGUAAUGCCGUAGGGGGCAAUGCUGGGAAGCGUUCCAAUUAAUUUGAGCUAGUUACAAAGAUACUUUAGAAGAAUAGCACCCGUGAUUGACGAAACCUCAGAAUCAGAAUUUUCAGUUGGUUGCACGUUGACUAAAAACCCUUUAAUGCUCCACAUACGUUUUACUUCAUCUUAUCUCAAUGUACUUCGUCUACAUCCAUAGAACGUUUUCACAUAACUUCCAA